CACACACACAUAAUAAAAUACCCCAAAUUCCUAAAAUCAUUCUAUCUGUAUUUGGACUACAUAUGACCAAGCAUUCCUUGAUUGCCAUUAGGGUAGUUGUGGUAUGGCAAGUUGUUGUACAUUGCACUAGUUACCAGUCAUUCAGUUCCUCGGAAGUUAUCCAUCCUAGCAGCAGCACUGAAAUAGCUGUAGCAGACAGGGCCUAACUGUAACUACCAUUCUCAAUACUUUAUGCUAGCAGCAGUUCUGGAGCCAACCUUAGGUAUAAAUAAGAGGGGAAAUGACAGAGACAGGAAAAGCCACUGGUGCUUGGGUCUUGUUUGAAGUGGGCUGCUGCCAUGGCAGUCAAGCAUGGUUGGGACCUCAGUGAAGAGGCUGGGCAGUGUGUCAUAUGCACACACAUGAGCGGGAACACACACGUAAGUACAGACACACACACACAGUCGCCACUCCCUCCUCCCACCCCAGACACACCUCACCACACAGCAGCCAGCCCUGUAGGUCUGUGGAGUUGCGGAGACACCACUGCCAUCUGGGCACUAGCAUACAGCAGCAGUAAUCAGAUCCAUAGACCCAGGACUCAGUCCAGCCCAGUCCCAGCCUGUCAUAUUGCAGGGCCCUCCCGGACUUAAGGGCCUCGCCAACACAGCUCUGGUCUUCAGAGAGGCGUUUGGUUCAGUUGUCUCACUGCAUUUCCUUACUGGAUUUCCAUCCUGCAGUCACUGGUCACUGGAAAGAGCAAGCGGAUUGAAGGUAACAUGGAAGCUGUUUAUCAUUGUAUUGUAGAAGAUGUGUAAUGGAAAUGAUUGAAAGGCUGUUGACAUUUAGGGAGAUAGAGAUGUGUAGAAUAAGUGGUACUUAUACCAAUGGUUUAAGGUACUUUGAUGCAUGUUUGGUAUUUACAGUAUUGUCAAUUGAAGACAAAUACCUUUGCCAUAGUUUCGCAUACAGUUUCGAUGAUUACUUCACACAUUGAAUACCAGUUUUAUUUGGGGCUCCCGAGUGCCGCAGCGGUCUAAGGCACUGCAUCACAGUGCUAGAGGCGUCACUGCAGACACCCUGGUUUGAAUCCAGACUGUCUCACAACCGGCUGUGAUUGGGAGUCCCAUAGGGUGGAGCACAACUGGCCCAGCGUCGUCCGGGUUUGGCCGGUGUAGGCCGACAUUGUAAAUAAGAAUUUGUUCUUAACUGGCUUUCCUAGUUAAAUUUAAACAGUUUAUUUCUCAGAUUGGAUAUCAAGACUAUAAUAGUAGUGGUUUAAUACCAUUACAUGGUAAAUCUGAAAUCUGUAUCAAUAGAAAAAAGAAACAACUGAAUACAAAGUACUUUCUAAUACUCUACAGCGUAGGACAAAUAUAUUUCCCCUAGCUAACCCAGAAACUCCUGGUUGCCAGUUGGGACGGUAUCCUGCACCAUGCUAAAAUCCUUCAUGCUCUAGGGCUCGGUGCUAUAAAGUCUCAGUGGACUCCGCUUGCCAAUCUGGAUUUAAUCUGGCCCAUGCAACAACAAAAAACUUUCUCUACUAGCGUAAAACUCAGUUCUCCCAGGUCUCAGUGGACUCAGUUGGGAGUAAAUCCAACAUUUUCCUGUACAUCUCUAGGCGUCAAGAUGUCCAUCGCUAAUGCAGCCGCGCAGGCCAUGCUGUCGGAUGCCUUGCUCCGGGACGGCGCCGGGGGCAGCCAUAUCGGUCACCUGGAGCUGGAGCUGCCGCUCGACAGGGUCAUCAAGUUUGUGUCCGUGGGGCUGCCCUUGCUGCUGGUGUCCAUGGCCUUCGCUCGCGAAAUCUCCAUCGGCCCACAGAUCAGCUGUUUUCCACCUAACAACUUCACAGCCAGGCAGGCAGCCUAUGUGGACACGUACUGCUGGGACUCCCUGAUGCACCAUGAGUUUGACACAGAUGGAAAGUUCGAGGAGCGAUCCCUCUGGGUGCACAAGAUUUUCCCUUACUCUCUGUUGGCUAUGACCAUGAUGAUGUACCUGCCUGCCCUCAUCUGGCGUUUCCUCGUGAUGCCAUCGCUGGGCUCUGACCUGCUCUUCAUCAUUGAUGAGCUGGACAAGUCCUACAACCGCUCCAUACGAUUGGCUCAGAGCAUCCUGGAGAUGCGACAGAACACCCAGAACCCCCUCACCUUCCAAGCCGAGCUUGAGAGGGCCAAGAGGAAGCGCUACUUCGAGUACCCCCUGUUGGAGAGGUACAUGCAGAGCAAGCAGAGCUCCUACUUCCUGGUCAGCAUGCUCUUUCUCCGCGGCUUCCUGUUGCUCACCUUCAUGUCGGCCGCCUGCCUCUACCUCGUCUAUUUCCACCUGUCCGCCUUCCUCCGGGACGAGUUCAGCUGCUUCGUCCGCACGGGCCUGCUGCGUGACCAAAACUGGGUUCCCGAGCUGGUCCAGUGCAAGAUGACCGGCCAACUGGUCUUCCAGGUGAUUAGCGUGGCUAACGGGGCUAUCUAUGUCCUGCUGGUGCCUAUCGUGCUGUUCAGCUUGGUCCGCCUCUUCUGCUGGGAUACGACUCUAUUGUCGGUGUAUGAGGUUCUCCCCGCAUUGGGCCUCAACAGUGGUCACAAACUGGGCUGCCCGCUCAACGACCUCAACGUUCUUUUACUGUUUCUGCGCGCUAACGUGGUGCACCUGCAAUCUUAUGGCAGACUGAGGGCUAUAUGCUCGCUGGCACCCCCGCAGAUCGGCAAGGGGAAUGGCAUGAAGGGUGUGAGGAUGCUGACGAAGGAGGAGAUUGAGGAGAGGGCCGAGAUGGCGCAGGAGUUGGAGGAGGACUUGGAGGAGCUGCAGGAGGAAGGGAAGCUCAACCUGGUGGACAUCAUGACCAUCUUAGGAGCGGCCCGGGGAAAUGCUGUCAACUGCACAGAGUCCAGGCCACUGGUGGAGGAGAAUAUGAGUCUGGAGCCAAACCACCAGGGGUACCAUGAGUUGAAGGAGACUGCAUCGUGUAAAAAUGACUAAAUCACCAAUGGACAUCAAUGUGACACCAAUCAAUGUGGAUGAAGGAAAAAUAUACUGAACAAAAAUAUUAACGCAACAUGCAACAAUUUCAAAGAUUUUACUGAGUUACAGUUCAUAUAAGGAAAUCAGUCAAUUUAAAUACGUUUUUAGGCCCUAAUUUAUGGAUUUCAAAUGACUGGGCAGGUGUGCAGCCAUGGGUUAGCCAGGCCCAACUAAAAAAAGGGCUUUAUUACUGACAUAAAACCCCUCAGUUUCAUCAGCUGUCUGGGUGGCUGGUCUCAGACAAUUCCGCAGGUGAAGAAGCUGGAUGUAGUGGUCCUGGGCUGGAGUGGUUACAUGUGAUCUGCAGUUGUAAGGCCGGUUGUAAUUACUGCCGAAUUCUCUAAAACAAUGUUGGAGGCGGCUUAUGGUAGAGAAAAUAGCAUUUAAUUCUCUGGCAACAGCUCUGGUGGACAUUCCUGCAGUCAGCAUGUCAAUUACAUGCUCCUUCAAAACUUGAGACAUCUGUGACGUGUUGUGUGACGAAAUUGCAUUUUAGAGGGGCUUUUUUGUGUGUAAUAAUCAUGCUGUUUAAUCAGCUUCAUGAUAUGCCACACCUGUCAGGUGAAUGGAUUAUCUAGGCAAAGUAGAAAUGCUCACUAACAGGGAUGUGCACAUCAUUUGAGAGAAAUAAGCUUGUUUGUGACUCAAACAUUUCUGGGAUAUUUUAUUUUAGCUCAUAAAACAUAAAACUACACUUUAUAUGUUGCAUUUAUAUUUCUGUUCAGUAUAGCUAGGUUUAGAAGAUUAGUUAAAAAAGACUUAACCCUGGAGAGAAGUGAGGGACGGUGUUCUGUACUCAGAGAAAUUGUUCCAAAAAGCCUCCAUUAGAAUGAAAAGCUUGGUGGUUGAGUUGAGCGAUGUCAUUUUUUGAUGUAUGACUGAGCUUUUGGGUUGUUGGGACUCAACUUAAUUUCCACCACAGAUUUCCUAUUUGUCCUUUAUGGAUAUGCUAUGUACUGUACUUGUUAGGUUUUGUGAUUUGUCAAAAGGUAAAGUUCUAUCUGUGAAACGUCUAAAGGUAACAUUUGAUGUGCUCUGUGUCAGAUACAAACGUAAUGAAUAAAGUUAUUUUUAUGACUGUUGU